AUUGGUGACUCAUUGCGACAGCUGCGAUCCUCGUGCCUUGCAGUGUCCCCGCGUGCUACUCGCGCCCAAUCUAGAAGCUACAAUAAGAGAGAUCGCUGUUCGCUAACUGCGAUCCGAGGGGAAGAUGACUGCGGUAGUUUCGGUGUUCACCGGAAGGCUGGCCCUGGUUACGGGAGGCGCCAGCGGCAUCGGCAAGGCUGUCUGCGGGGCGCUCGCCGCAGAAGGUGCCAUUGUGGUGGUGGCCGACAAGCAGUUCGAUGCAGCGAAGGAGGUCGCAGAGUCACUGCCAGGUGACGCCAAGCAUCGGGCCAUUUAUGUGGACGUUGGCGAUGCUUCGUCCGUGGAGCAGCUCUUCAGGGACAUCAGGCACGCAUUCUCGGAGCCGCUCAGCAUAGUCGUCAACUCGGCGGGAAUUCUGCGCAAGUGUUCCCUCGUCGAUUGUACGGACGAGACCUUCGAUGACGUCAUCAGGGUAAACCUCAAGGGCACCUUCCUGGUGAAUCGUGCAGCUAGCCGUGACAUGCUCCGAUCUGGCAUACCAUUGCCCGAUGGUGGUGCGGCCAUCGUUAACGUAUCCAGCAUCGAGGCCAAAAGCGGCUUCUGGUCGUCCGCCGUGUACUCCGCCUCCAAAGCCGGCAUCGUGGCCCUCACCAAGUCGGCGGCGCAGGAGCUGGCGGGGCACGGCAUCCGCUGCAACGCAGUGCUGCCGGGCUGGACGGACACUCCCCUGGCAGCAAGCAGCGACGAAGCUGUCAAAGCUCAGGCGCUGGCACUGAUGCCUAUCAAGAGGCCUGCUGAGCCCCGUGAGAUCGCGGAGGCUAUCAAGUUCCUCUGCUCACCGACUGCCAGUUCCUAUGUCAACGGCGCAGCUCUUGAAGUCACCGGAGGCUUCUGCAUGUGAAUUCGCUCCUUCCGCGUGACCUGUAGGCUUUCCUAUACAAGUACAGACGGGCACUCUCACUAUACUUCCACGCGUAUCCACCGCUUAUGGGGUUCGCCACUGUCACCACAUCCCGCACUUGCACUUCUGUGGCGCUUAUCCUAGUGCUGAACAUACCUCACAGAAGUGUCCUCCAAACAUACCCUCUUCCCCAUCCCUACACUCAACUCAUUCCAUUGCUCCGAGUGGCUGACUCAAGCCACCUCCAUCGACAACCACCAAUUCUUGUCUGAGUUCUUUGGAAUUCACUCUACUGAACGCAUGCAGUGACCCACCGUAACGACUUUUUCAUUAUCGCUUGUGCUAUUCAAUAAAAUAAACAAGUGGCGCCUCAAA